CUCUUUCUGUAGCCCUCAUUCCAGCACAGGAUCUCAGCAAUUUUGCCCUCUUCUUCCUACCCACUCUAGCACGCAGAGUCCUUUCUUAUCCCUCAUUUACAACUUCUUUUAAAAAGAGAACAUUUUCUAGAGAAAAGAGAUUCGCUAAAUAGAAAGGACAUAAAACAAAAGCCACUGCAACCGACUUCCAGCAUGGCAUUGUCACCAGCCCCCUUUGCAUGGUGAUGUGAUUAAGGUAGCAGCAUUUUUAUUAUUCAAGGAAAGCAGCUGGGGAUCCAUCAGUUCUAAGGCUUUGUCUCUCCUGGGUUAACUGAUGGUCCUAAGCCCCCGUUUGACCUGACCAUGAUGCCUAAUACUGGCACUUUUUGUUUUUUCUCAGCAAACUGUACAAACCCAAAUCUCUUUUUGAUUUUCAAGGAAACUAGAUUCCUGCCAAAUUUUGAGUCUGGACAAUAAAUAGAUACUUUGUCUUAGCUUCUUUCUGGAAUCAUUUCGGGAAUAUUUUCUACAAGCAUCACAGAUACAGGAAUGAACCGGCAGCUAGUGAACAUUUUGACAACCUUGUUUGCAUUUUUCUUAGAGACAAACCACUUCAGGGCGGCUUUCUGCAAAGACCAUGACUCCAGGUCUGGAAAACAACCUUCACAGACCCUAUCUCCUUCAGAUUUCUUGGACAAAUUAAUGGGAAGGACAUCAGGAUAUGACGCAAGAAUCAGGCCAAAUUUUAAAGGUCCUCCAGUAAACGUUACUUGCAAUAUUUUUAUCAACAGUUUUGGAUCAGUCACAGAAACCACCAUGGACUACCGAGUGAAUAUUUUUCUGAGACAACAGUGGAAUGAUUCACGGUUGGCAUAUAGCGAGUACCCUGAUGAUUCUCUGGACCUGGACCCAUCGAUGCUGGACUCCAUUUGGAAACCAGAUUUGUUCUUUGCCAAUGAGAAGGGGGCCAACUUCCAUGAUGUUACCACGGACAACAAAUUACUUCGUAUUUCAAAAAAUGGCAAAGUACUCUACAGUAUCAGGCUCACCUUGACCUUAUCCUGUCCCAUGGACUUGAAGAAUUUUCCAAUGGAUGUCCAGACUUGUACAAUGCAGCUGGAGAGUUUUGGGUACACAAUGAAUGACCUGAUAUUUGAGUGGUUAAGUGAUGGUCCAGUUCAAGUUGCUGAAGGAUUGACCCUGCCUCAGUUUAUUUUGAAAGAAGAGAAGGAACUCGGCUACUGCACAAAGCAUUACAACACUGGAAAGUUUACCUGCAUCGAGGUUAAGUUUCACCUGGAACGCCAGAUGGGAUAUUAUUUGAUCCAGAUGUACAUCCCCAGUUUGUUGAUAGUCAUUUUGUCCUGGGUCUCUUUUUGGAUAAACAUGGAUGCGGCCCCUGCCAGAGUUGCACUGGGCAUAACGACAGUCUUAACAAUGACCACCCAGAGUUCAGGCUCCAGGGCAUCUCUGCCAAAGGUCUCCUACGUUAAAGCGAUUGACAUCUGGAUGGCGGUGUGCCUUCUGUUUGUGUUUGCAGCCUUACUGGAAUAUGCAGCAGUGAACUUUGUCUCCAGGCAGCACAAGGAGUUUCUGAGGCUCCGGAGAAGACAGAAGAGGCAAAAUAAGGAAGAAGAUGUUACUCGUGAAAGUCGUUUUAAUUUCAGUGGUUAUGGAAUGGGUCACUGCCUUCAAGUGAAAGAUGGAACAGCUGUCAAGGCCACACCUGCCAACCAGCUCCCACAGCCCCCCAAAGAUGCAGAUGCCAUCAAGAAGAAGUUUGUGGACCGGGCAAAAAGGAUUGACACGAUUUCUCGAGCUGCCUUCCCAUUGGCCUUCCUCAUUUUCAACAUCUUUUACUGGAUCACAUACAAGAUCAUUCGGCAUGAAGAUGUCCAUAAGAAAUAGAUGUGCUCUUCAGAUCCUGGGACCUUCUUGCCUAACUGCUGUGCUUGUAAAUACACAGUGAAAUUGUCUUUAUAUCACUUUGACAGAGGAGAAGACUGGGGGAGGGGGAGGGAGG